AUGGAAUGCCGAAGAAUAUCACGUGGAAUGAAACGAAUCACUCGCUGGGUCUGUAGUUCUGGGCUGAAGAGCAAUAAGUUUCGGUUCAGAUGCUGCUGUACGGUGACGAUACUGGCAUUAAUCGCUCUCUGCUAUGUGAUUGUACAUCUAGUAAUAACGUCGUCGCCCAACACAGGUUGCCAGAACUGCUACGAAGUUAUAGAUGUCGUGUAUACCUGGGUGAACGGGAGUGAUUCUCAAUUUCUAGAUGAUCUUUACCGGUACUCCAAAAAACGGGACAAAGCCCGAUAUGAUGAUAAGAACGAACUUCGAUAUUCGCUUCGUUCGCUGGAAAAGUUUGCCCCUUGGGUGCGCAAUGUAUACAUAGUGACGAACGGUCAAGUACCAUGUUGGCUAAACUUGGAAAAUCCUCGUAUUCGGAUCGUUCCCCAUACGGAUAUUGCCGAUGUUGACACAGUCCUGCCUACUUUUUCCAGCGCUACCAUCGAAACUUUUAUUCAUCGCAUUCCUGGUCUCUCACGUCGUUUUCUCUACUUAAACGACGACAUUUUCCUCGGUACUCCACUCCAUCCGGACGAUCUGCAAACGCUCUCGGAAGGAGUAAAGGUGUUUACUGCCUGGAUCGUUCCUGAUUGCGCUCCAGAUUGUCCAUGGAUGUUCGUAGGAGAUGGCUCGUGCGACCAAGAUUGUUUCGUGGAAGAUUGUCAGUUUGAUGGCGGUGACUGUGAUCAUCCAGAUUAUGGAGCAGAUCGUCGAAGGACCCAUCAGUUACAUGAUUAUGAAGACAUCUCUGUUACGGAGGAAACGAUGGAAAGAGUGGAAGAACAAGGCGAGCAAAUGUUCAUCGAUGUGCCGAAAAUGUUUCCAAGAAUUUGGCCCGCAGGACACGGCGGCUCGGAGAAUAUUCGUGACAUCUAUGAAAUUUUUCGCAUGAAAGGCAACAACGGCACAUCUUCUACUCGGCAUCUUGUGGAACGCUUUAAUAAGGAAAAAAUGAAGGUUAACAAACAAGAAGCAAAACAUCGAAAUCGCCGUGCUAGGCUGCGAACACCCGCUCAUCAGGGACUGACGCAUAAUCGCACGGCGGUAGAUAAGAACGGGCAGAUGCCUUCCAUGAACGUCGAUCCUAAUGUUAACUCGCAGGACAUCUUUGCCAAUUCGCUGAUUCAUACGAAUCGAGUUUUCAACCGAGUGUACGGCUUCCAUAAUCGCAAGGUGCUUGCCCACGUUGGCUUCCUGUUAGAUGUACAUGUUAUCGAACAAAUGCUAGAACGUUUUCGUGAUGAAUUUCUCGUGACCAAACGCCAUAGGUUUCGCGCGAAAGACGACAUGCAAUAUGCAUUCAGUUAUUACCAUUUUCUGAUGAGCGAAUCACGGAAUAAGACGAUCGGCGAGAUUUUCGAUGACUUCGAUACGGAUUCGUCAGGAACCUGGUCGGAUCGAGAAAUUAGAACGUUGCUAACAAAGGUGUAUAAUCUGCCGCUAGAUUGGUCAGCAGUGCGGUAUUUCGAAGAAAUCGUCACAAAUUGCUCCCUACAGCAGAAUAAUUUUAUUCCUUUGGAAUAUCAGCAGGAACAACGAAAGGCAUAUCCUACUCUUGUGUACGAACGCUAUGAAGAUUCCACGAUUCCGACAGUAACGAAAGCGCUGGUGAUGGGUUGCUCGGAACUGGCCGAUAUGAUGCGUAUAAACUUUGGAAAAGUACCACGCUACCGUUUCCACGUUAGCGCAAAAACCGGAAUCUACAGCAAUUUCAAAAUGCUGACUUCCAACAUUACGCACGUGGUCGAUGCGCUCGAUGAACUGCGUAAAACACCGAAAAAGUUCAACUGCAUUAACGACAACCUGAGCGAUGACCGGCAGGAGGAAAAUCAGUUGAUUGCAGCGUUGCUGGAGGAUUUUUAUCUCAGCCUUUUUCCAGCUCGCAGCAGCUUCGAGCUAGAAAGUGUAUAUCGGAACCGAUUCCAGCGGUAUGACGACUACCGCUCGUGGUUACGACGUAAGACGAUAUUUAGAAAUGCCGUUUAUUUGAUAUGCUGCAUCGUUUUCCUCGUUUGCGUAAGAUUGCUAUGUUGCCGCCACAAGGGAAAGUUUGCAAGAACGCUGCUGCUGCUGGGAGCAGCACGAUCGGGAGACUACGUUAGUAUGUCGUAAUAAAGCGAACUGACA